GGCAGGACCCUUUCCAAAGUUAAUGAUUCGAUCAUUGCGACGGGUGGUAGCAGGGUGGUGGAAACGAAUGGCGUGGGUCGAAGUAGUAGGAGAAGUGCCAGUGAAGUGCAGGAGAGGAUCGGACCGCGCAAGAAAGUAAGCCCGAUCUCAGUUCGAACGGUUCACUGCGAUCGGUUCGCUCUCCGUCUUUGGUUUUACCGGUUUGCUGCGCGCUACUCGAUCGCACACGAAGAUCCUUCCGGUACUUUAUUGGCCGACGAACGACGUCUUGGAGGAUAUGCCGCACCACUUCCGGCGCUUCUGUCCGCUGCCUCUUCUAACGCACGGGAAUCAUCCGACACCCCUGAUGUCCGUGGCUGGUCGCUCGAGCUAUAUCGCCGUGAAAUUACGCACUGACUUUCCAUUGCCAGCUAUUUUGAAACAAUGGUGGCUUUGGUGGUUACUUUUACCAGGAUGUCUCGCAUCUUGGACGAAAUACAUAGAAGAAUACGAUUCUAUCAGAGUUGCUAGAUGCGACGUCCGUUGCGGUGGCAAUUAUCCUGACGAAUGUAUGGAAAAUUGCUUGGCAUCCAAUUACACAAAACCUGGUUACUGUCCUGAUAAAGCAUCCAUGUCACCCUUUGAAGCUGUUUGUUUAAUAGCUUGCGUCGAUGACUCUCGUUGCCCAGAUUUAGCAAAAUGUUGCAGGCAUGAUUGUGGUGUCACAUGUAUGCAUCCCAUCGGUUUAGACAAUAUAACUGAUUUGCCUGUGAUACCCGAAAAUAUACAAAUUAGACAGCAGAAGAAUAAUUUUGUUCUGUUGACCUGGCAUAAUUCCAAGGCCCAGCGUGUCAAUGAAUCUACCACUGGGAACAAAGAUAUAAGAUAUUUGGUUGAAGAGCGACAUUUGCUUGGACCGAGGUACCUAGAAUCCAGAUUGAGUCCGUGGACAAUUCGUCAUAUUUCAACGAAAUCACACGCGACAAUUCGAGAACGAUUAAAAACUGGACACUGGUAUCAAUUUCGCGUAGCAGCCAUUAACGCAAAUGGCUCCCGAGGAUAUUCCGAAUCUUCCAGACCUUUUAAAACAAAAGAACCACGGAAUCCAAAAGAACCGCAGAACUUAACUUUGUCCGAUGCACGACUGGUAGAUGGAAAAUUACGCAUUAGCCUGAGAUGGGUUAAGCCAGCUUCAGACGUGCCAAUAACAUAUUACAAAGUAUUUUGGAGCCGGCUCGUUCAUGGUCCAACCAAUGAUUCUAUUCUCGUUUAUCAUAGAACAGUUCUGAAAGAUAAAACUUGCUACGAACUGAAAAACUUGGAGCCGAAGUGCCAGUACUUUCUUCAAGUGCAAGCUGUUGCAUUGUACGGCGGUCGGCGAUUGUUGUCGCGAAAAGCCUCGAAAGUUUUCAAUAGCACCGAUUACAUGGAAUACGCCGAUAUGGGGAGACGAUCUCGCAGAUGCGAGCGAUACCACGGCGAUCUUCAUUUGCGGCGAAUGACUUGUCACUGCGGCGAGGUCAAGGUACGUUUGGUUUGGCCGAUGAACCACGAUGUAAAGGCAUACAACGUCUCCUGGAGAGAGGCAUCCUGCUCAGAUUCGCAGGAAAAACUCGUACCCCGUCGAAAGAAAACCUGGUGGAAACUCGUUCAGACACCACACCUUGAUAUAAAACAUCUUCAAAGUGAAUGCACAUACAACGUAAACGUACGAAAUGUAUUCAAUAGUAUAAAUAAUAACGAGAAUGGUGCCAGACUAGAAUUUUUUGCCACUGGUUGUUCGAAACAGUCAAAGGAACAAAAAGAUAAUAAGCUGUUACAUAAUAAAAUAAUCCAAUGUAAAACCAAGUCGGCAAAAAGGAAACGACAUUAUGCUACUUAUUUCUAAUCAAAUGGUUCCUUGCCAUAAGUGAAUGUAUGAUCGCUAUUUUUAGGAAUUAAUUGUUCGAAUAAUCAAAUGAACUUAAUAAGUUUCUCAAA